UGGCACUGCAGGGUCGGGUGGCCAUUUAUAAACGGCCUCCCCGCACCCCUGCUUGUGCGCGCUGUGUCCCUGGACACAGUGAAACACCGAUCGUCGGACGGGACCUCUGUACGAGUAAACAAGAUGUCACUUGUGACAUCAUUGCUUACUACGUGUGAAAUCUGUGAAUGAUCACAGAGGUCACAUGGUACAAGGCUAUUCACAACAGCCUUGUACCAUGUGACAAGCUGUGACCAAUCACAGCUCACUCAGUAC